GUUAAUUCUCACCUUUUUCAGAAGAAAAAAACUUUGUUUGAAGCUCUCUCAAUCAACUAUUGAGCAAACCAUGGGUAACUGUCUCUCAAUCUCAAUCUCGGUAGAUCAAGCUGGUUGUCGAUGCUGGAACUGUGUUGCUGGACAAGCACGAUACAUUUGGAAGCUUGAACAAAAUCUUCAAGCAUUGGAGGCUGAGGCAAAAAGAUUGACAGAGCAAAGAGAUGAUGUGAAUAGGAGGGUUCUUCUUGCAAAGGAGCAGCUCAUGGAGCCCCUUAAUAAGGUAGAAGGAUGGCUUGAAAGAGUGGAGAAAGAGAUAAAAGAAGUUGAGCAGAUAAUAGAAGAUGCUCCUGCACAAAUUAAUAAUUUGUGCCUUGGAGGUUACUUUUCCAAGAGCUGCUGUUCAAGCUACAAGUUUGGGAAAAAAGUAGUACUAAAGACUAGAGAUGUGGCUAAUCUAAGAACCGAAGGAGAUUUUCUUGACGUUGCUGAGAGGUGCCCAGCUGCUUCAGUGGUUGUGAGACCCAGUGAGCCUACGGUGGGUUUGGAGUCAACAUUUGACAAGGUUUGGGCAUGCCUUACUGAUGAAGGCAGCAACAUGAUUGGCUUCUAUGGCAUGGGCGGAGUCGGGAAGACAACUCUCUUAAAUCAUAUCAACAAUGAGCUGGGACGGAGAAGAAAUAAUUUUGAUAUUGUGAUUUGGGCAACUGUGUCUAAAAAUCACACUAUUGAGAAAGUUCAAGAUGAGAUUGGAAGAAAGAUUGGUUAUAGUGAACAAAAACCUUGUCAUGAAAAAGCUAUUGACAUCUUUGCAAGGUUGAGUACAAUGAAAUUUGUGUUGCUUUUGGAUGACAUAUGGGAACGAGUUGAUUUAGGUAAAGUUCGGAUACCUAUUCCAAGACAGGGACAUGGUUCCAAGCUUAUCUUUACCACUCGUUCUCUUGAUGUAUGUGGUCAAAUGGAAGCUCAUAAGAAGUUUAUGGUAGACUGUUUAGCGCCAGAGAAAGCCUGGGAAUUGUUUCAAGUAAAAGUUGGAGAAGAAACCCUUGAUAGCCACCCGCAAAUCCGUGGACUAGCAAAGGAAGUGGCAGAAGAGUGCAAGGGUCUGCCUCUUGUCCUCAUCAUCAUAGGUCGGACUAUGUCAUCCAAGGAGACACCUGAACAAUGGGAAUAUGCAAAACGGAUUCUAAUGAGGUCAGUUGCUUAUCAAGUACUUCCAGGUAUGAGGAACGAGGUGUAUCCUCUUUUGAAAUUCAGUUAUGACAGUUUGCCUGAUGACAAGCUUAAAUCAUGCUUCUUGUAUUGCGCCUUGUUUCCUGAAGAUUUUCUGAUAAGCAAAUGGGAGCUCAUAGACUAUUGGAUUGCAGUAGGAUUUCUAGAUGAAAAUGACAGUAUUUGUGAUCGGAAUGAAGGCCAUGACAUUAUUUGUACUCUUCUUGGCUUAUGUUUAUUAGAAAAAGUUGAUGAUGAAGAGGUGAAGAUGCAUGAUGUGAUUCGUGACAUGGCUUUGUGGAUAGCAAGUGAAAUUGAAGGGGAAAAAUAUAUAGUGGAAACUAGUGCCCAAUUAACUAAAGCACCAGAGAUUGAAAAUUGGGGGAUGAUAAAAAGAUUAUCAUUGAUGAACAAUGGGAUUCGGAGUCUAAGAGGAGCACCUGAUUGUCCUGGUCUCGAAACCUUAUUUCGUGAAAGUAAUUAUUUGCAAUCAAUGAGGAUAGGCGAGGACUUUUUCCAAAAUAUGGUCAGUCUUAACAGUUUUGAACUUGUCACACAAUCUGAAAUUAACAGAAUUGCCAGUGGGAAUUUCAAAUUUAGUUUCUUUGCAGUGUCUCAAUAUCAGUAGUACUGGUAUAAAAGAGUUGCCAGUGGAGUUUAGUAGCUUAUCAAAGUUGAAAUGUUUGAACUUGGAGAGAACAUCUCAUCUUGAGACGGUCCCUGAAAAACUAAUUUAUGCUUUUUCAAGGCUGCAGGUGUUGCGGAUGGGGUGGACUGAUCGAUUGGCCAGUAGAGCGAUAAAUGGGAAUAUCAGCU